GACAGAAAAAGAGGACACUCGAUUGGUGUGAUUUGCCAAAGGUCAUACCACAAGUCAUCAGCAGAUUCGAGAUCGGGUACGAUCAAAAAUGGAGAGAGAUAUUUUGGCAGAAGUGAACCAUCCCUUCAUAGUCAAGCUUCAUUAUGCAUUUCAAACAGAGGGAAAGUUGUAUCUAAUACUAGAUUUCCUGCGGGGAGGAGACCUUUUCACCCGACUCUCCAAAGAGGUGAUGUUUACAGAAGAGGAUGUCAAGUUCUACUUAGCUGAGCUGGCCUUGGCAUUAGACCAUCUCCAUGGUCUUGGAAUUAUUUACAGGGAUCUAAAACCAGAAAACAUUCUUCUUGAUGAAGAGGGUCACAUUAAGAUAACAGAUUUUGGUCUGAGUAAAGAAGCCAUUGACCACGACAAGAGAGCAUACUCAUUCUGUGGGACGAUAGAGUAUAUGGCCCCAGAGGUGGUCAACCGACGAGGACACACGCAGAGUGCUGACUGGUGGUCUUUUGGUGUACUCAUGUUUGAGAUGCUGACAGGCUCAUUACCCUUCCAGGGAAAAGACAGAAAGGAGACAAUGGCACUCAUUCUCAAAGCCAAGCUGGGAAUGCCACAAUUCCUGAGCAUAGAAGCCCAGAGCCUGCUGCGAGCCCUCUUCAAAAGGAACCCCUCCAACAGAUUAGGUGCUGGAUUUGAUGGAGUGGAAGAAAUUAAACGUCAUCCUUUCUUUGUUACUAUAGAUUGGAACAAACUGUACAGAAAAGAAAUCAAGCCGCCUUUCAAGCCCGCAGUGGGACGGCCAGAAGACACCUUUCAUUUUGAUCCAGAGUUCACAUCUCGAACUCCCACAGAUUCCCCAGGUGUUCCUCCAAGUGCCAAUGCUCAUCAUCUUUUCAGAGGGUUCAGCUUUGUUGCCUCCAGCUUGGUGCAGGAGCCUGCACAGCAAGAUGUGCACAAAAUGACUGUUCACCCAAUUGUGCAGCAGUUACAUGGGAACAACAUUCACUUUACAGAUGGAUAUGAGAUCAAGGAAGACAUAGGAAUUGGCUCCUAUUCAGUGUGCAAGAGAUGUGUCCAUAAAGCUACAGAAACAGAGUUUGCAGUGAAGAUAAUUGAUAAGAGUAAGAGAGACCCCUCUGAAGAAAUUGAGAUCCUCUUGCGAUAUGGACAGCAUCCAAACAUCAUUACUCUUAAAGAUGUGUAUGAUGAUGGGAAAUUCGUGUACCUGGUGAUGGAGUUGAUGAGGGGAGGUGAGCUCCUGGACCGCAUUCUUCGGCAGAAGUGUUUCUCAGAGCGGGAGGCCAGCGCUGUGCUGUGCACCAUCACCAGGACUGUGGACUACCUACACUCUCAGGGCGUGGUGCACCGAGAUCUCAAGCCAAGUAAUAUCCUCUACAUGGAUGAGUCAGGAAACCCAGACUCUAUCAGGAUCUGUGACUUUGGGUUUGCUAAGCAACUGAGAGCGGAGAAUGGGCUGCUCAUGACUCCCUGCUACACGGCCAACUUUGUUGCCCCAGAGGUCCUUAAACGCCAAGGUUAUGAUGCAGCCUGUGACAUUUGGAGCUUGGGGAUCCUACUGUACACCAUGUUGGCAGGAUUCACUCCUUUUGCAAAUGGACCAGAUGACACUCCAGAGGAGAUUCUGGCCAGGAUUGGCAGUGGCAAAUAUGCUCUUACUGGAGGAAACUGGGAUUCAGUAUCUGAUACUGCAAAGGACAUUGUGUCUAAGAUGCUUCACGUAGACCCUCAUCAGCGCCUCACAGCAGUCCAAGUCCUAAGACAUCCAUGGAUAGUGAACAGGGAGUAUCUAUCUCAAAACCAACUCAGCAGACAGGAUGUUCACCUGGUGAAGGGUGCAAUGGCAGCCACUUACUUUGCUUUAAACCGAGCACCUCAGGCACCGAGGCUGGAGCCUGUAUUAUCCUCCAAUCUGGCUCAGCGGCGAGGCAUGAAAAGACUUACCUCUACCAGGUUGUAGCAGUACCCCCAAAACACCUCUUUGGAAGCCCACAGUUUAUUAUUUGAGAAAUUCAACUUUACUUGGCUAGCAGACCUUUUUUGGACAACCUGCACAUGAAAUCGCCAAAACUAGCAGAAGCUCAUGUAAGGCAAAGUUCUCCUUUGCUACAUCAUUUCUUUUACAUUCCAGCCCAGAGCCCCAAGUUUAACAACUUCACAAAAAUGUGCCAAUUUUUCCAGUAGCUCUGUUUCUUUACUGAGAUAAAGCCAAAUAAAGUAGGUGUGCUCCAUCCUUUCCACCCUAGGAAAACUAUUUUUGAGUCCUUAAGAUGUUCCAUGGGAGCAGUGCUCAAGAAAAGCACUUUUUGCUAUGAAGAAUGCAGUCGGGUAUGAAUGCUGUUCCAGCAUGUGUCAUGAUGAAGUGACUUGGCUGGUCACCAGUAGACAUCUGCUGAUCUCCACUCACCCCAGGAAGAGUGAAGGCUGCAGAGACACAUGACUAAAACCUUAUCUGAAACAAGUGCUAUACAACAUGAAGGAGAGAGAGCUGUUGGUGUUGAAAAUACCUUCUGAUUUCGAGGAAUCUUUUGCACUUUUCCCCCACCUUCUCUGGAACAAAGCCAGCACCUCUCAAGGCGUGUGUGCCACUAGGCCUGACUUACUCAAAGGUCUCCGAAAGCAGAAAACCUCUGAGAAACUUGGUCUUCUGACGAAAUUAUUGGGUCUUAUGAGACUGUGAGAAGGGAUUCAUGUAAAGCAGUGUAAGAGCCUAUAGAUCAGGCAAGAAAAAGGUGUCUGCUCUUUGCCAGCAAGCAGGGAGGACUAGGUGAGGGGUCUGGGGAACUGAGCAAGAGGCAGGGAAAGGUGUGGGUGAAAUUGAGGACAAUAGGCAAAAAGACGCAUGGCAGCAUGGUGGAGAGUACUGGCAAAGGCAACUAGCAUGCAAGUGGUUGGGGGGCAAACUGGGACUCCCUUUCAAAGCAAGGGACAGUCCCUCUUCAGUGACUGGUACAGAAGGGGGUGGGUGGCUGGGCUGCCCAGGGGCCAGGGGGUCAGUGCAGCCAUCCUCCCACUGUGUCACGCAGCCUGCUCACCAAAAGCAGUUCUGGCGGGCUGUAGUGCCACCCUGGAGCAAGCAAGGCCAUUUCCAGUCAUUGCUCCCUGCCCUUCCCUGGCUAUUCACCCAAAUCAGCCCCUGUCACCCAAUGUUUCAUGUCCCUGCCUAGCUGUUCUGCUCUAGCAGAUCAAAACUCCCCAUGCCAUGUGUGUGCAGAGAGUACCACUUCUGAAGAGUUCAGCUAACUCUGUUACAAGCUUUAAUAAUAAUAAAUUAUGAGGAGAAACAGGAGGAUGCUCUGCUUUAAUAGUUAUAUGAAUAUGUACAUGUGUAUUUAUAUACAUAUAAAACAAAAGUUCUGUACCCUAAUACCUGGAUUUUCCAGGUGCAGGGAAAGAGAACUUUUGUUGAAAUGGUCUCAGCAAAAGCGACCUUUUUUCUCUUUCCCUGGUUUCAAAGAAAGUGAGCAAGGUUUAUGGUGCCGGAUGUGAACUAUUUUUUUAUUCUUUUUCUUACCCAUCUUGGCUUAGGGUGGUCACAAGAUGACCAGGAUUCUUCUUUGUACUGCUUUUGUUAAUUUUAUUUUCUGAGUGAAUUUUGUCACCUCAGAUGCUUUGUGGGAAAAGCUACUGUGCUAUGUUGGCUGUUUUCUGUUGUGACGGGGGGAAAAAAAAAUGUGAACAUGGAGCUUCAUAUGCUAGAUGUGGUAAUUUUUCCUUGCUGGGUAGUUUGUACAUCUCAGUGCUGAACUGGAAUUACCAGAUCACUGAAUCAGAGUGUCCAAGGGAACAAGGAGUUUCAUUUGCUAUAGCAAUAUGCUUCCUAAAACUAGCUCUGUUUCAAUGUUGACUGAAGUUUGUUUGUUUGCAUUAGUCUAUUUUUAAAUUUAAAUUUAUUCUUAAUAAUUUAAACCGAUAUUUAAUGUUCAGGUUUAUGUGCUGUGCACAGAGGACAGCUGCAAAGCAGCUCUCUUUGAAGCCCUUCUCUUUUCUAAAAUAAACAAUGCUGUGAAACUCCACACAGUGGCUGAAUCGGCUGGGACUGAUGAGUGCAAACACACAGGUGUGUGUCUGUGGUUAUAUACACAGCAGCCCACAUUCUCUCCUGUGGCUAAGCUGUGCUUAGGGCCGGUUUUUUGCCGCCUUUAGAAUUUUUUGCUUGUUAGAAGUUAAGUCUCACAUAUUUCUGCUAGCAGUACACUGUGAGGGUAUCCACAAACAGGGAUAUCCUGGCUGGUGCAGAAUAGCUCUGGCCAAGCCUUGUUUCCCUCGAAGUGACUUCUGUCCUGGAAGAAGGCAAGGUGGGCGCAACGAUGCAAAGGACAACCUGGAGUGAGGGCUGGAUUUUCUUGGGUCCCAGCUGGUAUGUUCUGUUUCAACAAAAUAUAUUUUUAAUAGUCAGUGUAAUUGUCUUGGAUAUGGGCAGAAGGAGUGUUGUAAAGAUUAUGUACAGGUUUUGUCUCCCUGUGAGAUUUCCUGGUCAUCUUACAUUGCUUUGGUUUUCUUCUUCUCACAACCAUUGGAAACAGUCUUAAUUCCCUCUUGUUAUACUCAGUCUUAAUUCUUUGAGCAUUUUUUUCAACUGAAUAUUAUUGGAGGCCAAACUUACAGGAUGAUGCUCUUCCCGAAGUUGGAUCGCCCCUUAAGCCAUGGAUGCCACAAGGGCUUCUUAUGCUGCUGGUCCACUGAACUUAUGCCAGCAUAUCCAAGUGCUGACAUUAAAAAGGGCAGGUAGUCACUUUCUCUUGACCUCAGCUGCUCAUACGUCUUUUUACACCUCUCUUAUCCAGUUCACCAUGGGACAA